AUGACGGGCGAAAUUCACACCUUGCCGAGGUUGCCUCCGACGAAUGGUAGCGACCAAAUUGAUCUUUUUGAGGCACAAGUGGCGUUUGGAUAUGUUACUUGUGAAAAAAGGUACGUUGUAGUGGCGUGGACUAAAGGAAAAGGAAGAAUGAUGAUAGCCAAUAAGCUCAGCUUUGGCAGUGGUAGCGAUGUUAGAAGCAUCGAUUCAUCAUCAUGGAAAGCUUAUGGGCACCUAACGCGAAAUGAACUUAUAGUUUCUUUAGACAUCAAAAAUGGAAAAAUUGGGAUCAUAAAUAGUCCAGAACCGCCUUGCGCUAAGAACGGGUUGGUAGAUUUCAAAGGAACUCUUUGCGUUACAGAUCAAGAGGUUAUGUCUAGGUACAAAGUUCUUAAAUUAUGGGCUUGGAAACCGAUCAACAAUAAGAAUGAUGAUCCUUUGACUUCCACAAUUGGUUGGGAAUCAUUCUGCCACCCAAAUCAUAAGCCUCUUGUGUGUUCUCAUUCUUCAAUACAAGGAGAACUAAUUCUGAGUUCAGAGGAUCAUACUACCAACUAUCUCCUCAAUCCAGGGAAGAAAAGCGUUAGGAAAGUGAAGAAGCCUAUUAUGAGUCGCAAUGGAAGGGUUUUGGCCGUUCGGCCAUUGGGUUUUGUCUGGGAUCUUGUUCUCUUUUAA